CCCGUCGCGCACACUCCGGCUCCGCGGCUGACGGUGCCGCGGGGGGUGGACACCAUGCCUGGGGCGGCGGCGCCCUGCCGCGGCUCCGCGGGAUAGCGUGGGGCGCCGCGCACCUUCCGCGGGCAGCCCCGCGCCGGCAGAGGCUGGAGCGGCAGGGGGUGACAGUGUAAGACUGUAUGAAAUGCAGUUUCCUGGCAAGGCUAAGGAGGCUGGUGAGGACAUCACAUCUUGCCUAAUCACAUGUUGUCACAACCAUAAGUAAAGGCUUGUCUAACGCUACCUUGAGCCAAAUUCCUAGACUGGUUGGUGCUUUCUCAUGGGAUCCCUGUGACUGACAAAGGAGAGAUUGUUGUGACUGCUCUGCAAUGACUACAGCAAGAUAUAGGCCUACCUGGGACUUGGUACUCGACCCAUUAGUGUCCUGCAAGCUCUGCCUCGGUGAAUAUCCCGUGGAGCAGAUGACAACAAUAGCACAAUGCCAAUGCAUCUUCUGUACCCUGUGCCUAAAACAGUAUGUGGAACUUCUGAUCAAAGAAGGUCUAGAAACAGCGAUCAGCUGCCCUGAUGCCGCCUGCCCAAAGCGAGGUCAUCUGCAAGAAAAUGAGAUUGAGUGCAUGGUUGCAUCAGAAAUCAUGCAAAGGUAUAAGAAGCUGCAGUUUGAAAGAGAAGUGCUUUUGGAUCCAUGUCGGACUUGGUGUCCAUCCUCUACUUGCCAGGCAGUUUGCCAGCUCCAGGAAUCAAGCCCACAGGACCCCCAGCUUGUCCAGUGCAAAGCCUGUGACAUUGAGUUCUGCUCUGCUUGCAAAUCUAAUUGGCAUCCAGGUCAAGGCUGUCAAGAGAACAUGCCAAUCUCUUUUCUUCCAGGAGAAACAAGUUCAGUUUUUAAAAUGGAAGAAGAUGACGCUCCAAUCAAACGCUGUCCAAAGUGCAAAGUUUACAUUGAACGAGAUGAAGGCUGUGCCCAAAUGAUGUGUAAGAACUGCAAACAUGCCUUUUGCUGGUACUGUCUGGAAUCUCUUGAUGAUGAUUUUCUCCUUAUACAUUAUGACAAAGGACCAUGUCGAAACAAGCUGGGACACUCCAGGGCAUCUGUUAUCUGGCACAGAACACAGGUGGUAGGAAUUUUUGCAGGAUUUGGUCUUCUACUUUUGGUGGCCUCCCCUUUCCUUCUACUUGCUACACCAUUUGUUCUGUGCUGCAAGUGCAAAUGUAAUAAAGGAGAUGAUGACCCUCUUCCUACCUAGACUGAGAGGAGACUGGACUCAUCACAACAUGUGUUUUGAUUUUAUUGUUGCUGUUGAUAUUUCCCUCUUGCACUUACAUUGCUGUAGCCUUACUUGCCCCGUUCUGCUUUGCAUUGACACACAGUCUUGGUUCCAGGAACUGUGGUUACGACUGUGGCAUAGAUCAAUUGAUAAUAGACAAGGAGGGUAAUGGAAGGCAAGUUUGGUGCUAAAGGGAGACGAUGGACCCAGAUAGCUAUCUGAAAUGAAGAGGUGAUACUGCUAAAAAUAAUGCAAAAAGUUUCUGUUGCCCUGCUGGUGGACUUGGAACUGUGCUGAAUGACAUCAGCAAAACAAGCUAAAAAUGCAUACAAAUCUAAACUUUUUGCAUAUCUGUUUGCUUCAAAAUUUGGUGUCUUAUUCCUGUAUAUAUUUAAGUUGCCUAUCACUUAAAUCGGAUAGUCAACUUAGUGUGACUUUACCAUGUUUAUUGCACAUCUGGUUUUGUUAAAGCCAUCAAAAUGUCCUUUUUAGUAAGUAUUUUUCCAAGUAUAACAAAUUCAAUAAGGUGCAUAUAGGCCAUCCUAUGCCUUUCUUGAAAUUUGGGGAGGAUUAGAGGGACAAAGUUGGUCCUGUUGCCUUCCAGGAAUUUUUUGAAGUCUUUUAAGAAAUUUGAUUGAAAGCUACAUUUUAAAAAUGAACUGAUGAAGCUGUAAGGUUGAGUGGUGACACAAACCUGCUAUCUAAUCAAGGUUCUUUUACAAAUGCAUUGAUGGUAUUGAUUACCGCUGGACCACUAGUGUUUUUCUGAAUUGUUAUUUUUUGCUGUUGUUUAGGGUUCUGCUACACUUACAGGGCUACGUAACUUCUAAUCCAGGUAUCUUAAUCUUUUUAUAUAGAUAUAUAUACACAAUCCUAUUUAAACCAAAUGUGUAAAUAGCUGUGCUAUUGAAAUAUUUUGGAGGUUCAAGAUAGCUUGCUUCUGCCAUUAGGGCAAUUAUUAAAAAAUACAGGACUAACUUUACUAUUUAGCAGGCUCUUGGGUUAUCAAUGAAUCUUUCAUUUUAAGUAUAAAGAUUCAUCAGGGUUAUGCCUGUAGUUAAUAAUAAAAAUGCCUGGGAUAUUUGUAGAAGUUGUGCUUUACAUUUAAACUGCUUAGCCCAUUUUCAGAGGUAGUAUCGUAUGAUGUAUGAUGUAUGCUUUUAAUAACAAUACUGUGAUGAAACAAGUUUUCAUUGAAGAAAUAAUCACUUGAUUUGGUAGUUUUGCGGAAUUCACAGUGCUGUGUUUCCAGGGUGGUAAGGCGUGCUAGUCAACAUGCUAUUAAUCAUUGUAGUUUCUCUUUAGAAAUAUUUUGUUGAAAACCAUUUUGCUCUGAUUUUAAAGCCUACAAGAAUUUGACUAAUAACUUCUUGCCAUGAAAUAUGAAGCACCUGAAACAAUGUGUAUAUCUGUGUGUAGUACUGAAGGAAAACAUUCUUUUGAAUGGCUUGUGGACUGAAGUUUGACUGUAGUUUUUUCAUCAUCAUUUUUUUCUGUGCAUUACUAAUGUACUGAGAUGGAUCAAUACGUUGAAGCCAGGACAACUUUGCACUGAAAAUGUAUUAAGACCCUUAAAUGCAACUGCUUCUGGCUGCUGUCACAGGCUGGGAAUAUGUUUUCAUAGCUUAAGCAUAAGGAAAUCACUCCUUUCUUUAUUAUCUUUUGUUUUAUACUGUUAAAUAAAAAGACUGGAGGGUACAAUUUUGAAAAGGGCCGCUGUCUUUUUAUCAAACUACUCUUCAAUUUCUUCUCCUCCCAAGUUUAAUGGUAUCCAAAUUCAAACUAUAUCUAACCACAGAUUUUAGCUUCCGGUGCUGGAGUUUAUCUGCAAUGCACUUAUUUGGCCUGAUUUUAAUGAGUGCAGCCAUUAUAGCGUGACCAAAAA